UAUCUUUCUUAUGAAACACACAGCAGCAGCAGCUGUGUUUGUGUAAGUUUUUGUCGUUAGAAUGGCAGGCAGGCUUUUCCUCAGAUCAGCGGCUCGUGUUAUUUACAGUCGUCGGCCUUUUCCUCCUCAGGUUGCUUUUAGAGGACUGGCAUCUGGAGGUAUCCCAUCAGAUGAAGAGCAAGCCACCGGUCUCGAGAAGAUUGUGUUGCAAGCUGCCAGAAAAGGAGCUGAUCCAUAUAGCAUUUUAAAACCGAAGGAGUAUGCUGGCUCUAAACAAGACCCCCAUAUCGUUCCCUCAGUUAACAAGAAGAGGAUGAUUGGUUGUGUUUGUGAGGAAGACAACACAGCAGUGAUCUGGUUUUGGCUACAUGAGGGUGAGGCUCAGCGCUGCCCAUCUUGUGGCGCCUACUACAAACUUGUUCCACACGAGUUACCCCAUUAAAUAGACAUCUACACUGCACAGCAUAGGUAGCCAAACACUCCCGACUGACCCUGAAACACCAUAUAUGUCUGACAUAUUCACAACUUACUGCUUUGCUAUUCUGUAGAUUGUGCACUUGAAGGGGGACUAGUCAGGUAUUUUUUACAAUGUUAAAAUAAACCAAUGCAAUAUUUAGUCUGAAAAGGCAACACUUGGAAAGCUAUAACUUGCCCCCCGCAACAUAAAUUUUGGUUUCAUUCCUUAAAGAGAUAGUUUAUCCAAAAAUGAAAAUUUUGUCAGUAUUUACUCACUUCCAUAGUAUUAUUUUUUUCUUACUAUAUACACAAAUGGGGCUCAUGAUCGGGUUCCUUAAAAAUAUCUUUCUUUGUGUUCACUAGAAGAACAAAAAAAUGUAUACAGGUUUGUAACAACAUGAGAAAGUUAAUGAUGACAAAAUUUUCAUUUUUGGGUGAACUAUGCCUUAAAUAUUUUAAGAUGAAUAGUUUACAUACCAUAUUGUUUGAAAAAACUUUGCAGUUUGCACAUUUUGAAGUUUCUAACAACAUUCCAAAUUUAAUGAAAUAUAUUAAAUAUGUUCUUUGUCCUGUUACAUAAGCUGUUACUUAUAACCUGCAACUACAAUAAGUAUUACAAAAGUUUGGACGUUGUAGCAAGUAAGAUGAUGUCAACUGGAGUUGUCUCUGCUUUGCUUUUCAAAUAUGUGUACACAUACACUGCAUUCCUUAUUGUGUGGGACUCAAAGUACAGUACGUUACAUUUACUUUGUUAGUCUUGAAUUAAAAUUUUGACCUUUUUGAUGCAUCUAAAUAAAUGUGGCAUAUUACAGCA